ACCCAACCCUCUUCCGCAGUGCCAGCUACUGCUACCGCUUCGACCUCCGUAUCGGCAGCUCCCCCGCCCACCGUCCUCGCGCUCCCCUCCAACUUGGCCUCCUCGAGCAAGUACACCCUACCAGUCGUGACUGCUCCUCCCGAGUUGCGACUUCCGCAGGCGGAGCUGGACGCGGAUAAGGCCAUGGCGCGCGAUGCUGCCAUUGCACGAGGGGAGAGGGCACAGCCUCAGCAGCAGCAGUAUCAGGUGGGAUGAGGAUGAGGAUGUGAAUGGAUUUGCUAUGAGUAGUGCUGGGCAGAAGGCUCGGAAGAAGCGCUCGAAGCGUAGAAGACAGCAUUCGCCAGGACGACCUCCCCCGAUCAACUGGGAUGCCGACUAUGACCCUCGUACACCGAACGACUAUGCAGCCUGGAAAGACGUGGUACGCAACCGACGCGAAGCGCUUAAGCGCAUGGAGGCACAGAGGAGGCGCGAAGCAGGCGAUGGAGACGAUGAUCAAGAGGAUGAGAGAGAUUGGGUAGAUGAAAGGGAUAGGGAGAGAGAGGUGGACGAGGAGAGAUUAAGGAAAUAUAGGAAGUGGGCACCUCCUCCUUCCUAUGCUACUUCUGCCGGCGCAAAGCAGCGGACAGCCUUCAAUGGUGAGGAAGAAGAGGAAGAGGAAAAGCUGUACAUCUCUCCUCCCCCACCCGAGCGUCCCGCUGCCCCUCAAACUGCUCCAUACGUUCAAUAUGGCCAGCCUCCUCCAGCAUUCGUACAACCAGCACGUCCUGCUCCACCUUCAUUCGUUACGGCCUCAGCAAGUACUGCCGAAGCGGGAGCCUCUAUCGGCUCGCCUUACACGUCCCAGCUACCGCCUCCCUCGCGACAGAGCGAGACGUCGUCGACCCCUCAGCGACCAAUGACGGGAGAAGAAGCCUACCAGCGACGUCUCGCCAUGAGUCAGCAAGCCGCUCAUGCAUCACCACCAGUAAUCGCAAGAGCUUCACCUGCAGAUGCAUCUCUUUCACGCUCCCCACUGCCACCUGCAUUUCAAGGAGGAGGAGAAGGAGAGGGAGGGGACGUCAAGUCCUCUCCUGCGCCAGCUAUGGAUCUCGCUGCGCGCCAGUCUGCUGCAGCAGCCAUUGCUGCCCGACUGGCAAGUAUCGCACCUCCUGCACAACCAGCACGACCGGGACCUCCUCCACCCCCUCCCCCGCCUCUAUCUUUCGUACCCGGCGGUGCGGGCAGUAGCAGCGCUCUCAACAACGAUGUGGUCCCAGAGGGUGAGGAAGAAGAGGGCGAUUUUGCGACACGGCUCAUGAGUAAGUGGGGUCAUCAGAGCGGACAGGGACUGGGCGCCGAGGGCAAUCAAGGCAUGACCGAGGCGCUCGUGAUAAACAAGGUCUCCAACUCCAAGACCGGAGGAUGGAGGAAAAGCGCAGACUUGCUGGGCGUGGACGGGUUCGGUCCCUCUUCAUCUUCCUCUACGAGCAGCGGAGCCUCUUCGAUGGGCCCAAGAGGCAGGUAUGCCACGGCAGACCCUCGUGCGCGAGCCGAUUUGGAGAAGUACGGCCAGCCCUCCGAGGUGAUUUUGCUGCACGGACUGCUCUCGCCUCCCGCUAAAGUGGGUGGACAUUCCUCGAAUCCCAAGAAAGGGGAAGGGGAAGGGGGGGAUGUAGACGAGGCUCUUCCGGGGGAGAUUGCAGAGGAGUGCGCAAAGUACGGAUAUGUGGAACGGGUUGCCAUCUACCCACAUAUCUCCCCUCCCCUCCUUUCUGGCUCUGCCUCCUUCUCACCAAGUACAGCCCUAGACAGAGAGGCAAGCGGCACGGGCGGAGUCGUCUUUGUCGUCUUUACAGGCCUCGUAGGAGCAUACAAGGCGGUACGGGAGCUGAAUGGACGCUUCUUCUCGGGUCGUAAAGUUCGCGCGAGAUAUUUUCCCAAGCAGGCUUUUGCAAAGGGAGAAGAUGCGUGGAGGGAGGAGGUAAGGGGAUGGUUGGCUGGUGGUGGGGCGGGAGCGUGAGCUUGUGCGUGGGAGAGAGGAUCAAGAGCAGCCAAGGUGGUUCACUUGGCUGGAGAGGAGUACUGAGCACAAAAUGGCUACGCGGUGUGCGGUAUGACAAUGCAAGGCUUGAUC